CGGUUCCUUCUGCACCGUCCAACCUGUUGAGCUGUGUAGUUUACACUAGAAACCGACAUUCUCGAAGCUGUUUACGCCUUUCGCCGUCUCUUCUUUAUAGAAUAUGCGGCCGACAUAUAUGUAGAGUUCGAGUCAUCUUGGUCAUUAUCAAUUCGGCGUCAGUGCCAGAUAUUCUAGGAUGGUUGGCCCACCACCGCUCAAAGGACUGAAAGUCCUAGAGUUCGCCGGACUUGCUCCCGGCCCUUACGUCGGCCUACUGCUUGCAGAUGGUGGUGCCAAUGUCUUGCGUAUAGAUCGCGCAAUCCCAGGGAAGACACAUACGCCAGGCGUCGAGGCACCGCCAGGAACCGACUUUCUAACCCGUCACAAGUCCUCCAUAGCCGUUGAUUUGAAAUCGGAAAGCGGCGUGGGCUUGAUUAAGGAGUUAGUUAAAACUGCCGAUGUGAUCAUUGACCCUUUCCGUCCCGGCGUUCUGGAAAGGCUUGGUCUGGGACCGGACGUCCUUUUACAGAUCAGCCCCCAGCUAGUCUACGGGCGUAUGACGGGGUUCAGACGAGAAGGCAAGUACUCUGCAAUGGCGGGCCACGACAUCAAUUAUCUUGCCGUAUCGGGCGUAUUGUCUCUCCUCGGCCGCGCUGGCGACAAACCCUACGCCCCCAUCAACCUUGUCGCCGACUUCGCCGGUGGCGGCGCGACGUUGUUCCACGGGAUCCUCAUGGCUCUGAUCGCACGUCAGCGCACAGGCAAGGGCCAAAUCGUUGAUGCAAACAUGGUGGAUGGCGCCAACUACCUCGCCACCUUCCCCCGUCUCGCGCGCAAAACGCCCGUGGGCAACGGCCCGCGCGGCGAGAACCUGCUAGACGGCGGUUGUCCGUAUUAUGACACGUACGAGACGCGGGACGGCAAGUACAUGUCCGUCGGGGCGCUCGAGCCGCAAUUCUACGCCGCGCUCGUCAAAGGCCUCGGACUAAUGCACAAGGGAUGGGAAAGGACGCGAGAGGAUCGCGCGACGUGGCCCGAGAUGCGCUCCACCUUCGAGAAAGUGUUCAAGUCCAAGACGCGAGGCGAAUGGGAGGAAAUUUUCAACGGCACGGACGCCUGCUGUCUGCCCGUUCUCGAGUACAGUGAGCUCCAGAACGAUUCCGCCCGCGAAGGUGACCAGCGCCCGGCCGUUGCGCUGCGUGAGACGCCAUGUCUCGCCGUGGACGAGAAAGCUACGGACCAGAGUCUGCAGGGCCAGGGUGCCGGUGUCCCAGGCAGCGGGUACUCACCCUCUCCACUAAGGCUGGGCGAAGGUGGCGAGGAGGCGUUGAAGAUGUGGUAUGGGUUCUCCAAAGGGCGGGAUUUCGAUGUGGAGAAGGGAGGUUUGGUAUUGAAAUCAAAAAUGAAGUUGUAGUCCGUGAUGAGCUAAUGAUAACGAAUGAUGACGACGACAGUAUGGGUUGUGCUUUUGUAUGGAUGCGAUAUUAUUCGCCUCGAGUAGGAGCAUAUUUGAGAGAGUCACUUAUACACAUGCUACUACAACCGGCUUUGAAACCGAAAGGAUUGCAUAAGAUGAACAUG